AUGGAAACGUGCGAGGGAGUUCUUUUGAUCCCCCCUGACCGGGGUCAGAUCCUAGGCCGCGCCAUCUGGAAGCCGAGGGCUGCCGCCAACGACGACUAUUACGUCUCCAUCUUCAAAUCCAAGGUAAGGCUCAACACGACGGAGUUCUCUGGCCCGAACUUAAGUCUCCUGAACUUGCAGGACGAUUGGGAGCCCUCGUACCAAUACCCUGUCAGCUCUAUCGUGGACUGUCAGGUUCAAAUGCUCGCCCAUCGCAAACAAGGCCCCGUUCUGCCGACUCUCGUUAUUACAAUCAACGACAAGGAGAAGAAGCGACGAUCGAGCAGAGCUGCUGGUCUGAUCUCUAGCAAGGAAUCCACGGCGACUACCUUGUGGUUCCGCACGCCUCCCGAUGAUCACCACAUCAGUCUCCACGACUGGGCCCGUUUCAUUAUUUCGAGAAAACUUCCCAUGAGCCCCGAAAGCCCGGCCUCACCAUCUUUUACCAACCCGUUUACACAGCAACGGUCGCGGGAUGUUGAUUACUUCCCACGACCUCCCAGUGGAAACCCGAAUUCCCGUGGCACCUUGCAACACAAAAACUCGACGCAGACGUACUCUAGCCGAGAUCGCCCUGCUACCUACAGCUCCGAUUCUCCAAGUCUGCGGUCCAAGCGGAGCGAUGUCUCGUCACCAACAAGCGCCAAUCACCCAGCGCAUGUAGGCUUUGCCAUGCCCGAUCCCAACAAGUACACCACAGUGCUCCCGUCCGAUAUCCCCUCGCCUGUGGCCACAAUGAGCGAUUGCCAAAGGAGUGAACUGAUUGAGGGCUGGACAGCGGCACAAGGGAGAUCGUCUACAGUCAGCUCGCCGAUUCGUGGACGGGGCAGUGUCAGCUCUGGCGGCGCACAACCUUUCCCUGGGGCCGAUUCCAGCUCACCACCAAACCCACGAGAGACGAUUCUCGAUAGAGCCUUCCAGUUGCGUUGUAUCCCUGGCUCUGAACGUGAGACACCAGGCGAGGAGAAACUCACUUCCCUGGCGCGGUUUGAUGCCUUGAUGCGCGAAGCAGAUGAAAAGAUCCGACAUCAGGUGAAGGAGGCGCACGCCGAGAAGAUUGCGAUGCUAAGCGCAUUCGACGUGGAUGAGGAUUCUUCGGAGGACGAGACAGAGGACGAUGAUGACGAAGACGACGACGAAGAGCAGGAACAGUAUGCGCAUGAAGCGGACGUCAACGGCAACCGCCAGACCUUGAUCCCCCCAAACGCUCAGCGCGCCCUCGAAUUUCUCGCCAGCCGCCAAGACGAGACAAUGUCGCCUCGCUCAGCCGUGAUGAGGAGCCCACCCGCCAACUUCAGCGUCCCCUUGCAGGCACCCACGCGGCCCCAUACGGCUCAUUCGAGGAUGCGGACGAGCGUAACGCAAAGGACAACCAGCCAGACUCAGCCCAUGGGUCAGGAAAGGCUUGAUGUGCCGAUCUCUUCAUCCGGUAAGACAUCCGAAGAUGCCAGCUUCCGAGCCAACGGGGAAAAGCGGGCGUCCGGCUCCAGCGCCAAGCGACUUAGCUUCACCGAGUUCACCAAGCGUCUCUCGAGCACCAGCAGCUUACUUCUCGUCCAGACCAACACCAGCGGCGGGAGCAGUCGCGGCAGCAGCGAGUUCGACCCAAGUCCCUCACAGGUACCCAAAGGUACUUUGAACGCUAGAGGCGUUCCCCCGAGGCCUCGCGAUCUCGAGCGUGAAGAGCAAGAGCGGCACUGCGGAUGGCGGAACAGCGUCGGAUUUUGCGAGGGCGGCUUGAUUUGA